AUGGAGGAAAUGAACUUAGUUUUUCAGUUUAUCCAGUCCUUCCAUGCAGAGAUGCAAUGCAGCGCUCAAGAACAAAAUUCCUGUGAUCUUCUUGCCCAGCUUCCUUCUUCUCUGUCCUUAGACUCUGGGUCUCUGAUGACCAACAAUUGA